AUGUCAGAAGAGGCCGACAUCGUCGCUAAUUUUCAUCAUAUACACAAGACUUUUGUUGAGGAGACGGGUUCCUGGUAUACACUUAAGGACUCUUACCGAAUGUACAACGUGCUAAGGGAAAGGUUCAGGACAUUUCAGUGGUUGUUGGAUCAACCGGGUGUGUAUCACGAUCUCUUCGAUUUUACCGUUCAUGUCCCACUUCUGGUUAGAAAACUGGCGCUUAAGCAUUGGCCGCUUGCACUAUACGUUUUGAACGUACCUGAGCCGAGGUGGGAUGUUCUGAAAGCCAUAUUCGAACCAAUGGGGAUACUGCAGGAGUAUCCAGGCGAAGAGAACCGGAAGACACCGCCAAACUUCCUAAAGUUGUGCGAACUAUUUGGGGAAUACAUUGCACAUCUGCAGGGGACUCUUAGUUACUAG